AUUUCCGUUUCCGGCUAUUUUAUUUGUAAACACAACAAAUCUUCAACAAAUAUUUUAGUUUUUUUUAAAUUAAAGUCCAUUUCAGGAUGGUUAUAGCGAUCGGAUUUGAAGGAAGUGCAAAUAAACUUGGUAUUGGGAUAGUCAAAGAUGGUGAAAUUCUGGCCAAUUGCAGGAGAACAUACAUAACCCCACCCGGAGAAGGGUUUCUUCCCAGAGAAACAGCUGAGCACCAUCAGCAAAACAUUCAUAAUGUGCUUCAAGAGGCGCUGGAACAGUCGGGGAUCUCUCCACAAGAGAUUGAUGUUGUUUGCUACACAAAAGGCCCGGGAAUGGGGGCCCCGUUAUCCGUCUGUGCUAUUGUAGCUCGGACAUGUGCUAAACUAUGGAAUAAACCAAUUCUCGGCGUUAACCAUUGCAUUGGACAUAUAGAAAUGGGAAGGCUAAUAACAAAAGCAAACAAUCCAACAGUAUUGUAUGUGAGUGGAGGAAACACCCAGGUCAUUGCAUACUCCAGACAGAGAUACAGGAUAUUUGGAGAAACUAUAGAUAUUGCAGUGGGGAACUGUCUUGACAGAUUUGCAAGAGUGUUAAAGCUGUCCAACGCACCCAGCCCCGGCUACAACAUUGAGCAAGCUGCUAAAAAAGGAAACAAAUAUCUUCAGUUACCUUACUGUGUCAAAGGCAUGGAUGUGAGUUUCUCUGGCAUCCUUUCUUACAUGGAGGACAAGAUCGACGACUUACUCAAAGACUACUCCCCCGAGGACCUGUGCUUCUCUCUGCAGGAGACAUUGUUCGCCAUGCUCAUCGAGAUCACCGAGCGGGCCAUGGCGCACUGCGGCUCUGAUGAGGUGCUAAUAGUCGGCGGAGUGGGCUGCAACGAGCGCCUCCAAGCCAUGAUGGGCGUGAUGUGCGAGGAGCGCGGCGCCAAACUGUUCGCCACCGACGAGCGGUUCUGCAUCGACAACGGCGUCAUGAUCGCGCACGCCGGCGCGCUGGCCCACGCCGCCGGGACCAGAAUGGACUUCGCAGAUGCUACAAUCACGCAGAGAUAUCGCACGGACGACGUUUUGGUCACGUGGCGGGAUGAUUGAGAUUGUGGUGAUUGGCUGUUUAUUGACGGAUGGGGGUUUUGGAUACUAAAAAUUUUAUAUAAGGCAGUUAUCACACUGCAACCCAUCACGAUGCUUAUUCUGUGUUGGACUGGACGUGUUUUCUUUACUAAUGGACUAACUUUCGGAGAAGCAACAUGUAGCAUAGUGUAUAAUAAUAAUAAUAAUAAUAUAUCUUUAUUUCAGGUGUAAAAAGCCCAUAUCAUAUCCUAAUUACAUUUACAUUUACAUGUAUAGCAGUGUGACAACCGCCUAAAAUGAAAACGCAAUGUUUGUAAAUUAAAUAAAACGUUUUAUUUAAAAAUUAUUCCAUUCUAGUAUUUGUUCUAAAAUUGAACCUUAUUCAAUAUUCUUAGGAUUGUAGGUUAUGCAAGUUUGAUUAUUUCAUUUCAGUUCAUUGGUAAAUAUAAUGUUCACUUGUAACAGUGUUUUUAACUAAUGGACUAUCCAACUAGCUCAAAUUAAAAUACCUUUUUACUGACUAUACAUCUAUACUCUAUACGAUAGUGAUAUUAAUUUAUUUUGGUAUAAAUGAAUUCAUGUCCACCCAAUUUUUUGAUGACAACAAUGUGUUAUAUUAUGUACAUUAUCAUUAUCUUAAAAUGAUAAUACACAAUGUAAGGCUAACAGAGUUAUUGCUUCUGUUUCUUAAAUAUUGAUCCAACACAAACAUUGCAUUCACACAAAGGCCAGUAGGGCAGGUUUCAUUAAGACAAAUACCAGAUUAUAGAAUCUUGCCUUAAUCGCAAUCAGGCGAUUUAGUAAACAUAACAAAAAAUGUGUUUGUAGUAAUAUUUUAAAAUAAUUUAAACAAUAUAUUAUUAUGAUAGGCAUCAACACAACAUGUUUCUAUAUAAAAAAAAACUCACAAACAGGGUCUGACACACUUUACAAAUACUAUAAUAUGUUAAGAAAUUGCCAUACCAUCCAUAUUUGUAAAGCUAGUGACUAAAAUUAAAAACGAAACACUCCGUUUGUACUAACACUUGGCAGUAUAGGAUUUAUCUUCAUUUCGUUAGCCUAUUUCACUACUUUGAGCCUCAUAAUAAGCUGCCUGAGUGGAGACCUGUGUACAUUAUUAUCCAUGUGACC